AUGAGCUCGUCCAGCGUGUCACCGGGGGGGGGGGCCUCAGCGGGGGGGGGCUCCUGUGGAGAGGAGCCUCCAGCCUUCGUCCUCCCUCCUCACAACGUCCGGGUUCCCCUGGGAGGAGACGCCCGACUGGAGGGCAAGGUGUAUGGUCAUCCUGAGCCUCAGGUCACAUGGUACAGGGAGGGGAGGGCUGUGAUUGGCGGAGAGCGCUGUGUCCUGGUGAGAGGUGGGCGGGGCACCUUCAGCCUGGUGGUGGGCGGAGUCAGAGAGGAUGACCUGGGACGUUACACCUGUAAAGCGACCAAUCACGCAGGGAGCCGACAAGUUACCGUGGAGAUUCUCCUGGAAGAGGAUUCUGGGAAGAGGAUCAUCCUCCCGUCCUCCAUGAAACCAGGGGGGCGCACUAACACACAGAUGUUGGAGACCAGGUCCAGCAUCUGGGCUGAGAGUCCGCCCAGGUUCAUCAGCAAGCCGGGCCGGGUCCACGCCGAACCGGGGCAGAGCGGGAGGUUCUCCGCCAAGGUCACCGGACGACCACAGCCCCUGGUCACAUGGCACAAGGAGGGGGCGGGGCUUCCUUCCUGUGGGCGGGUCAGUACAUACGAGCGCUCGGGCCUUCACUUCCUGGAGAUAAAGGAAGUUUGUGCAGAAGAUGCAGGAACUUACACGUGUUCGGUGUCCAACGGCGCCGGAGCAGCGACGGUCAGCGCCCAGCUCCACGUUCAGGGUGCUGGCUCCUCCUCCAGCAGGACGGAUCACACCACUGACAGCACACAGACCUGCACAGUGGACGGAGCUGCACCCCCCUCCCGUACAGGGCAGCAGCAGCGCCCCCUGCAGGCAGACCCCUGGGGGAGCAGGCCUCCUGUCCCGCUGCCCCUGGUGCCUGAGAGGAGAACUGCAGCUGCUCCACAUGGAGCUGCACGGAGUUCUGUGUGUCUGACGUCUUUGUCUCUGCAGGGUCCGUCCGUCCUCCGUCCUCCUGCAGGUCCCAGCGGCUCCGACAGCAGCAGGGCCGUGUGGAGGUCAGGGUCCAACCUGCGGUUUGAGGCCGUUCCUCUGGACCAGGAGGCCACAGAGGGAGGCCAGGUGACCUUCACCUGCCAAGUCUCGUCUGCUGCCGUUCCCAUGGUUACCUGGCUGAAGGACGGGAGGCGGGUGAGGACAGGACCAGGUCUGCAGCCGAGGCAGGACGGAGCCUGUCUCACCCUCACCCUGGAGACAGUGAGACAUGUGGACCAAGGGACGUACAGGUGUCAGCUGACCACAGCUGAUGGUCCGACCAUCCACUCUGCAGCAUGGAGACUCAGUGUCCACAGACUGCAGGGUCGCAGGUCAGAGGUCACAGAGGUCACAGAGGUCAGAGGAGUGUGUGAGGCUCCGAGCUUCAUCAGACGACUGAGUGACCUGAAGGUGAUGGACGGCAGCAUGGUGACCAUGGAGGUGGAGCUGACUGGCCACCCCCCCCCAGAGGCGGUGUGGCUCCAUGACGGACAGGAAGUGGCCGAGUCGGAGGACUUCCUGCUCCUGAGGGAGGAGAACCGCUGCACGCUGCUGAUCCAGGAGGUCUUCCCUGAGGACACAGGGACGUACAGCGUCCGGGCGUGGAACCGGCACGGACACGCCUCCACCGCGGCCCGCCUCACGGUGGAGGAACCUCAGAACGGUGUCCAGCCGUGGUUCAUCACCAAACCCAAACCAGCGAGCGCCGCUGCGGGUGGCCACGCCCUCCUGUCCUGCGCCGUCGCCGGAGACCCGUUCCCCCGGUGCACCUGGACCAGAGCCCACCUGAGCCGACCUCUGACCUCAGGAGACCACUACGAGCUGCUGCAGAAAGACGACGUCGUCUCGCUGCUGAUCAGGAGCGUGGAGACACAUCACGCUGGAGACUACGUGAUCAGCCUGAGGAACACUGUCGGUGAGUGUGAGUCCAGGACCCGUCUGUGUGUCACUGAGGGAGAGACAGACGGGUGGAGAGGACGAGAGGACGACAGCCCUGCAGCAGCAGCAACAGGAGGAAGAGGAGGAAGAGGAGGAGGAGGAGGAGGAGGAGGAGGAGGAGCAGCUGGUGGGAGUGCGGCGCUGAAAGGAGGAGGAGGAGGAGGAGGCGUGGAGCCCAGAGGCAGCAGCAGAGGUGGUGUCAGUCGGCAGGAGGCCAACCAGGAGCAGAAGGAGAACCAGCCUCUCCUGCACCUGCACCAGGAGGAGAACCAGAAGAAGGAGGCGGACCAGGACCGUGCCGCCGCUCCCCGAGGCCUCCUCCGACACGGCGUGGACACCAGGCAGCGAGGAGAAGAGGAGCUGCGGCAGAGGGAGGCGCAGCAGCUGGAUUUCCGCUCGCUGCUGGGACGCCAAGCUUCUCACGCCAAAACCAGGCAGGGAGAGGAGCCAAGGGAGGCCGGCCUCGCCACCGCCGCCGCCGAGCACCGCCGCCGCCACCAGAUGGAUUUUAAGGCCAACCUGAAGGGGGUCAAGCCCAAGCCGGAGGACGACCGCAAGGGCGGCUCCACGCAGCAGGUGGAUUUCCGUGCUGUCCUGGGCAAGAAGGGCGCCGCCGGCAGCAACGGCAACAAACCAGCCGAGACGCCUGAAAAGGACGCCAGCGACUUCAGGUCCGCUCUCGCCAACAAGAAGAAGCCAGCCGGCCCGGAGAAGAACGGCGAGAGCGGGAAGACGGCGGUGAACAACUGUGUGGACGGAGCGCUUCAUGAGAAGAGGAGCGGCGCCGGAGGGAAGGCGCCGGAGUUUGUGGAGACGCUGACUGACGGGACCGUGGUGGACGGACAGCGCCUCCGGCUGCAGUGUCGCCUCGCCGACCCCACAGAGGUCACCGUCACCUGGACGCUGGACGGGAAGGUCAUCAAGCCGUCAAAGUUCAUCAUACUCGCCAACGAAGGAGGCCUGUGCUCCCUGACCAUAGACAAAGCUCUGCCGGAGGAUGAAGGUCAGUACCGCUGCCGAGUGGAAGCUCCAGCAGGACGAGCCGAGAGCUGCUGCACGGUGCUGGUGGAUGACCCGACAGAAAACUCUCCUGCAGACAAGAAGUCGAAGAAGUCGACUCCGACCUCAGAGAGUGAAGCCAGGAUCAAGAAACCAACUCACAAGACUCCUCCUAAACAAGCUCUGCCUCCUCAGAUCCUUCAGUUCCCUGAGGACAUGAAGAUCUUGGCGGGAGAGAAGGUGGAGAUCCUCUGUAAGUUCUCUGGAGCUCCGCCCAUCAACUGCACCUGGCUGAAGUUCAGGAAACCAAUCCAGGAGGGCUCGGCCGACAUCUCCAUCGCCAGCGGUGACGGCAGCAGCGAGCUGACCAUCUCCAGCGGGCAGCAGGAGCACUGCGGCUGCUACACCAUCGAGCUGAGGAACGGCUACGGCCUCCGCCAGGCCGCCCUCAACCUCACCAUCGUCGAUAAACCUGACCCUCCAGCGAAGGUCCCGGCUACCUCAGAUAUCCGGCGGGCCAGUCUGACCCUGUCGUGGUACGGGCCGACCUACGACGGCGGCAGCGCCGUGCAGUCGUACGACGUGGAGACCUGGGAGUCGGGGGGGCAGCAGUGGAAACACCUGGUGUCGUGUAACAGCACCUCCACUAACAUCCAGAACCUUCUUCCUGAACGUCAGUACAAGUUUCGUAUUCGAGCGGUAAACAUUUAUGGCGUCGGCGAGCCGAGUGCGGAGUCGGAGCCCGUGACGAUGGGACUGGUGGACGACGAGAACCAGGACGAGGCUGAAGACGAGGAUGAAGACUUGGAGAAGGAGCCGGACUACAGAGACGUUAGCAUCCGAGCAGACGUGAAGGUGAAGGAGUUGUACGACGUGGAGGAGAGACUGGGAACGGGAAAGUUCGGUCAAGUCUUCAAACUGGUGGAAAAAGCCACGAGGAAGGUUUGGGCGGGAAAGUUCAUCAAGGCUUAUUCAGUGAAGGACAAGGACAACGUCCGGCAUGAGAUCUGCAUCAUGAACAGCCUCCAUCACCCCAAACUGGUCCAGUGCAUCGAUGCCUUCGAGGGCAAGUCCGACAUCGUCAUGGUGCUGGAGAUGAUCUCCGGCGGCGAGUUGUUCGAGCGGAUCAUCGACGAGGACUUUGAGCUGACGGAGCGGGAGGUGAUUAAAUACAUGCUGCAGAUCAUCGAUGGAGUGAACUUCAUCCACAAACAAGGCAUCGUCCACCUCGACCUCAAACCGGAGAACAUCAUGUGUGUCAACAAAACCGGCAGCAAAAUCAAACUCAUCGACUUCGGCCUCGCCAGGCGACUAGAAAAUGCUGGAACUCUCAAGGUUUUGUUUGGGACCCCGGAGUUCGUUGCCCCCGAGGUGAUUAACUACGAAGCCAUCAGUUAUCCCACCGACAUGUGGAGUAUAGGAGUCAUCUGUUACAUAUUGCUGAGCGGUCUGUCUCCCUUCAUGGGCGACAACGACAACGAGACUCUGUCCAACGUCACUUCGGCCUCCUGGGACUUUGAGGACGACGCCUUCGAUGAAAUCUCCGACACCGCCAAAGACUUCAUCACCAGUCUGCUGAAGAAAGACAUGAAAGCUCGGCUGACCUGCGCUCAGUGUUUCGAUCACCCGUGGCUGAAGCAGGACACCAACACCAUGAAGGCCAAGAAGCUGUCCAAGGAGCGGAUGAAGAAGUACAUCCUGAGGAGGAAGUGGCAGAAAACGGGUCACGCCGUGCGAGCCAUCGGGCGCCUGUCGUCCAUGGCCAUGAUGGCUGGAGUCAGCGCCAAGAAGGGUUCACCCACCGAAGAGGACAAUCAGUUCCUGGAGUGUUUGGAGUACGAGCAGAAGACCGAGUGCAAACCCACUUUCAGCUCCGUCAUCAAAGACGUGGAGGUGGUGGAGGGAAGCGCCGCUCGCUUCGACUGCAAGAUAGAAGGGUUCCCUGAUCCAGAGGUGGUGUGGUACAAAGACGAGCAGCCAAUCAAAGAGACCCGACACUUUCAGAUCGACUACGAUGAAGACGGAAACUGCAGUCUGGUCAUUUCAGAGGUGUCGGGCGACGAUGACGCUAAGUACAUGGUGAAGGCGGUGAACAUCCUGGGGGAGGCGACCUGCACCGCUGAGCUGCUGGUGGAGGUGAUGGCGGGAGAGGAGGAGGAGGAGGAGGAGGAGGAGGAGGAGGAGGAGGAGGAGGAGGAGGAGGAGGAGGAGGAGGAGGAGGAGGAGUAA